UAACAAAAGCACUUUGAUAUCUCACACCACUCUCUCUAUUCCUUCACAUCACUCUUCUCUUCUUUUUCACUUCCUUAACUACAAUUCUCUCAAUUUUUGUCUUAAUGGAAUUCUCAGAAGACUCAAUUGAUCGCACGUUAGUGUUCAAAGGGAAACGUAGUAAGCGGCCACGUCAGUUCAUGGCGGUAGCGAUGGUCGCUUCCACGUCAUCAACAGGUGACGUGGCUGGCGGUGCAAGUGGCGGCGAUGAUGUUUAUAAUUAUUCUUCAUCAAUUCAGUAUUCAGCAACUACUUCUACAACUCAAAUAUCAACUAGCAGUAGUACUACAGAGGAAGAUGAAGAUAUGGCUAAUUGUUUAAUUCUAUUAGCACAAAGUGGCCACCGAUGCAACAAGAAACUCCAAGUGGAAAGUAGUACUGAACGUAAGAUGGUUAAAAUCAGUAGCCGGAAGUUUACAGAAAUGGCCACAACAACCACUGGAUCAAAAGCUGGAUUCUAUGUCUACGAGUGCAAAACUUGUAACAGAACUUUCCCAUCUUUUCAAGCACUUGGUGGACAUAGAACAAGUCACAAAAAAAUCAAAACCGAAGAGAAAAAAUCGACUGCUGAUUCAAUUUCACAAACACAAGAUCAUGAUCAUCAUCAACAACAACAAGAAGAGAAAUUUAAUAGGAUUAUAACACCAUCAAUUUCUACUGAAAUAGUCAACAAAGGUAAAAUCCAUGAGUGUUCAAUUUGUGGGGCAGAAUUUUCAUCAGGUCAAGCUUUGGGUGGUCAUAUGAGAAGACAUAGACCACCUACAAUUACAACAACAAAUACCAAAGUUAUGGUUCAUGAAACGAGCAAUAUUUCAGACUCAUCACAUGAUGAUGAAAAUUCGACAAAGGAGAAGCCAAAAAUAUUUUUAUCGCUUGAUCUGAACUUGCCAGCGUCACCUGAAGAUGAUCAUCACCUAGAUACUAAUUUCGUUUUCUCGGCAGCUACUUUGGUGGAUUGUCAUUACUAGUUAAACGGAAGAGAUCAGUAUUACUUUUUUUUUUUUUAAUACUUUUGUCAUUAUUAUUAUUUUUACAAUCAUUGUUAUUGCUAUUUAUAAUUGUUAGUACUAUUCAUGAAGAAUUUUAAUGUAGAUUGUGUAUAUAUCCUUUUCGGGAGAAGAAGUUGUUUUCACCAA